AUGACGAUCAAACAAAUUCUUGCCCAACUCGGUGGAGUGUUUCCAAUCGACCAAGCCGUAACCGACGAUAAAGAGCCCAUUGCUCUUCCAGUAGGGAGCGCAUUCGUGUCCGUUAAGCAUUUCGGAACCAGUGCUUGGACCAUAACGGGACGGCUCAUUGCCUUGGACCGGGAAGGAUCUGAGAAGACUUACUUUGUAAAAGUUGCAUACGGCGAGACGGGCCGUAUCAUGCUUCACGGCGAGUUCGAGUCAUCCAAGAUAAUCUACAGCACCAUGUCAGAUUUCAUUCCAGAGCCAUUCGGGUUUGGCAGGUUCAAGAUUCAAAGUCCGCCGACGUACUUCUAUCUCUCCAAUUUUAUCGAUAUGGAUGUCACAACGGCUCCGGAUCCAGGAGACUUUUGUCUCAGACUUGCUAAUUUGCACAAGUUGAGCAAGUCUCCGAAUGGCAAGUUUGGGUUCCAUACCCUGACUUGCGACGGCGAUAGGGCUCACGUGGUUGACUGGCAAGACAGCUGGGUGGUGUUUUAUAGGAAUCUGUUCCUUGGUGUCUGCGAGCUUGACGUAAAGCGAAAUGGCUCGUGGCCCGAAUACGAACGAGCCAUCCAACAGGUUGCUUGGAAAGUCAUCCCUCGGCUACUUGAACCUCUUCAAUCCGAAGGGCGCCAGAUCAAACCGUGCAUCAUUCAUGGUGACCUCUGGGAAGGCAAUAUGGGGAUAAAGAAAGAGACUGGAGAAACCGUCAUAUUUGAUGCUGGCUCAUACUUUGCUCACAACGAGUUGGAGCUGGGUCACUGGCGGUGCGAGUUCACCUCCGUUUUCUGCAGGAAGGAAUACACAGAGCACUACCUGAAGUACUAUCCUGCUGCGGAACCAGUGCAUGAAUUUGAAGACCGCAAUAGACUGUAUAGUCUGAAGGGCGCUAUUAAACACGCAGCUGGACAUCCAAAAAGUGAUCUGAGGAAAACUGCCUACAACAACAUGUGCUAUUUGUGCGAGAAAUAUGCUCCCAUUGAUGGGAUUGACAAGUACAAUCCUCAAAUCGACCCCGCUAUCAUAGGAGUACGCAUUAUCCCUCACAUUGAGGAAGAUUUGAUUUGA